AUGGAACUGGCUCACCUCGCCAGCUCGUCCGAUGCCCUUGAAGGCCUCUGUGGUAGCGAGGCCGCGUCGCAGAUCGCACAGAACCACUUUGUGCAUCCAGCGGGUUGCCUCCUCUUCCGGCGCAUUUCACUCAUUAACCACUCGUGUGUGCCGAACGCGUCGAUCCGUCUGUGCGACAAUGAGGAAUUUGCCCACGUAAUCGUGGCAUGCGACGUGGCAGCAGAGGAGGAGAUCGUGCUGUGCUACAGCGCCACCGUCCUCUUCGCUGCACGUGAGAUGCGCCAGUCGGAGCUACACUCUCGCUGGGGCUUCACAUGCGAAUGCGCGCGGUGCUCGGGAACUCUCGCCGAGAGCGAGGUGGACACAUGGCGGAUGCUCGAGAACGCCGCACUGUCGGCGCAAAAUGCAAAGCCACGCGGGCCCGUCGUGGAUCCAAGCAUCGUGGCGCAGCAGCACGAGGCGCUGGCCAGGCUGGAGACAUUGCUUCCGCACCUCUGUGAGCUCGAGCGCUUCCGGUUUGAUGCGGCAUACUUUGCCGCAGAGAGGUGCAAUAUGUAG